AUGUUCGUCCCCCCUUUGCUAAGACACAAAUUCUUCAAGUGGGCUGACCAAGUGAGCACUUUCGAGUUAAUCGAUGUGCCCUACUGUGGGGGUUGCUCGGCCGGUGUUUGUCGGGUCCGCAAGGAGAGAAGAGGGCCGAAUGCCGGUAGGAUCUUGUUCAUGUGCAGAAUAAAGGAGGGACAAGGAUCUUGUGGCUAUAAAGUGUGGCAGGAUGAGCUAGAAAUGUCAGCAGUAGGCAGAGCAAGUGCAAACUUAACUUCAUCUCAGUCACCUAAGAUUAACGCCAAUCUUUCCAAACCCGCCUUAACUGACGAAAACAUUCCGAGCAAUGAGUUCCCAUUGACGGGCGCUCUACGACCUGCAAACUGUCACAGAGUAGAAUCUAAAACGACAAAUCAGUCAACAUGUCAGGAAAUCGAACAUGAUGAAUCCCCAAGGAGAGUUCAAAGUACUCUGGACAAUGGAGUAAAUUCUUCAAAAUCGCCUUCACCUAUGGCAAAUGGCAAUCACAUCAAGCCCGCAAAUAGCAUAGUGAUUGAAGAAAUCGAGUCACCUGAGAUUGAAAGCGUAAGCUCAGUAGGACAUGUCAACAACACUGGAAUGAUGUAUCGAAAGACGGAGCAGUUAAAAUGUCAGGAUAACAAACAUGAUGUAUUGGAAACAAGAGCUCAGAUGUUAUCAGAUUUGAGGGUAACUUUAUUUCAGUCACCCGCGGGCCAUGUAGAUCAUGCCAAGACUGCAUACACUGACUUGGUUGAGGAAAACAAUCAAACUUAUGAGGCGGAAGGUAAUGAGUUUCCUGGGAUUGGCUCUUCAGAAAAUCUCCACUAUCAUCAAGGUGUAUCGUCUGACAAGACGGAGAAACAAAAAUGUCAAGAAAACCGACCCCAUAAAUCUUCACGGAGAUCUCAUAAAAGAUCUAGACAUGGAGGCUUGAAAGGUGUCUCCUCUUCUACUGGAUCUCUUGCAGUGUCGAGUUCUUUAGUUCCUUCACAGUCUGUCACGAUUCCCGCCAUGAAUCCUGUGUUGAUCAAACAAUGUUGGAUGGUAGCUGCAAUCCGCCAAAAUUUAAGUAGUCAACUUGAGGGUUGGUGGGGAAGGCUUGCUUUCCAUCCCAUGCCCUCCUUGACUACUCAUGCAUCAAAUUCACUCAACUGCUACAUCUCUCUUCAAGACCCCACUUUCCCGGUGCAAGACAAGAUCCUGAUAAACAAUCAUGGGGACUUAACUACCCUAACCCGGAGGAUCCUCCUUGGAGUCCAAACACACGAUACUCCCUUGAAAAACGGCCAACUCUCUCACACCAAGUCCUUUCCUACUACUAGCCCACAACAACCCAGUCAAAACACCCCAAACCCCAUGUCAGCCUUCAUCUCAAGGGCCUUUUCCCAGGCAGCCAACCAGCUGAAGCACGACUUUCUCUGCCUUCUCCAAGAAACGGACCCCAAAGACCACAAAACCAUGAGGCUGGCAGCACAAGACACGUUUGCCGCCCUCGACCUUCUGUUGUCUGAUCACCAAGACCUGCGGGCCCAUGUGGAGGAGUACAUAUCCCACGCUUCAUCAUUGGCCGAGAUUGAAAGGAGGGAUGAGAUGCAUCGAGAGCUGGCCGAGCAGUGGUUGGACGAGCAGAGAAGGCUGGACGAGAUGGGGUCGGCCCAAGCAGAGGCGGUCGAGUCUGCAGGCGAGUGCAGAAGGCGGAUGGAGAGGGUGCAGGAGAAAGUGUCCUCAGCCAUGGAGUGGCUGUUUCAGGUGGAGGCCGAGUUGUCGAGCUAUGAGGUCGAGAUGAGGGGUAUGGAGAAGGAGCUCGGGAGGAUGUGUGAAGGCAAGAAGGCACUUGAGGAAAAGUAUGCUACUGUUGGCGAGGAAUUGGCGAAGUCGAAAGAGGUUAUGGAGAGGAAAGAGGCAGCUAAGGCCGCGUUUGAGCAGGCGAGAAGGUUGCUCUGGGGUUAA